UCUCAGUGUCAGAAAAGCAGAGGUGGUCUUUAAAGGAGGUGAGAAAAAUAAGUUAAUUCAUGUCUUAAUUUCUGGAUUUAAAUAACCAAAUCGAACAUCUUGAAGAAAGAAGUCAAAAAGCACCUCAGUUUCAUGGGCAAAUGCAGAAAAAGAAAACCACAACCACAACCAACCAGCACUAAUCAGGGUGGUGUUCCUUGUGGGCCCUUUCUGAAGAUUGGUAGAAACUGCGUUUUUUAAUCUCUGUUUUCAAACUUGUCCAAAAUCUUUAAAGGGAGAAGAAGAGAGAGAGAGGACGAGAGAGAGAAGAGCACUGCAUAAAAGAAGCUCCCUUGAAGAUUUCUAAAAUUCAUACAAAAACGCCAUAGGUAAGGAGACUUACCUGAUUUGGCAUCUGAUCUUUAGUGAUGGACUCAGAAGCAACCUCGGAUUAUUUGGAUUAUUACUAUGCUACGAGCCCAAACCCUGACAUCAGGGAAACCCGCUCCCAUGCUCGUUAUACCUCUGUCUUCCUUCCCAUCUUUUACAUGGCCGUAUUCCUGGCUGGCGUGUUGGGGAACCUCAUCCUCAUGGGUGCGCUGCAUUUCAAACAGGGCAGCCGAAGACUGAUCGACAUCUUCAUCAUCAACUUGGCUGCCUCCGACUUCAUUUUCCUUGUCACGUUGCCCCUCUGGGUGGAUAAAGAAGCAUCUUUAGGACUGUGGAGGACGGGUUCUUUCCUGUGCAGAGGCAGCUCCUACAUAAUCUCAGUGAACAUGCACAGCAGUGUCUUCUUGCUCACUUGCAUGAGUGUGGACCGCUACCUGGCUAUCGUGUGCCCAGCCAUAUCCAGGAAAUUCAGAAGGAGAGACUGUGCAUAUGGAAUCUGUGCCAGCAUCUGGUUUAUCUCUGGCCUCCUGGGGCUGCCCACCCUUCUGUCCAGGGAGCUCACGCUGAUUGACGAUAAACCAUACUGUGCAGAGAAGAAAGCAACUUCAAUUAAACUGACUUGGGCCCUGGUGGCCUUAAUUUUCACCUUUUUUGUCCCCUUGCUGAGCAUUGUGACCUGCUACUGUUGCAUCACAAGGAAGCUGUGUGCCCAUUACCAGCAGUCUGGAAAGCACAACAAAAAGCUGAAGAAAUCCAUAAAGAUCAUCUUUACUGUCGUGGCAGCCUUUGUCAUCUCCUGGCUGCCCUUUAAUACUUUCAAGCUCCUGGCCAUUGUCUCUGGGUUGCAGCAAGAGCUCUAUUUGUCCCCAGCCAUUCUUCAGCUGGGCAUGGAGCAAAUUAUGGGGAUACAAAUGCUAAGGCCACAUAUAUUGAAGCUCUGACUUGAGGUGUGUGGGGGACAAGUGCAAAUUUAUUUUUAAAACCAGACCACUGGAGCAACCUGCUAGCAAGAGAAUGCCUCUAGCCACAUUAAAGAGAGAGAUGUCAUCAGGUGAAAAAACAAGAGGGUCAUUCUAACUGCCAAAAUAUUUGCAAAUGAGGUGGCAGCCAUCACCAGAGAGCCAAAGGUGACUUGGUGACUGAUCUCAUUACUGAACUGAGGAGAGCAAUCACACGCGAGGUUCAGAACCUCCCCACUCCCAGAGAAAUUCACAGAAGGGCAGUUAUUUCCAUCCAAGAAGACAGGUGGCAACUGAAAACACAGAUGUGAAGAAAAGAAGAAGAAAAAUCUUUUUCAAAAAUAUAGCAAUAGCAACAAAGAGUCAGGGUUUUUCUAGUCCCCACUUACACACCAUGCUCUGAACUGUAUCUCACAGAUUAAAACAGAAUUGAUCACUGUUCUGUAUUUUUAAAAUUCUCUCCCUUU